AUGUCGGCUACCAGCAGUCCCGUAGAGCCUAAGCUCCCCACUCGCUCGUCGACGGUGACCAGUUCCUUGACGGCUGCGACUCGUCGGCAUUCGAAUAGUGAGGACGAGGCUAUUCCCGACUCUGAUAGCAAUGAGACUACCAAUCUCCUUCUUGAGCGUCUCCGCGCUUGGAAGCAUAUGUGUGGAUACUUGGAGGAUUAUGUUAGUGUGACUGCCAAGGUGCAAAAGUCGCAGUCGAAGGAUUAUGAGAAGGUUCUCAAGACUGUGAGUGACCCGUUGAAGGAAGGUCACCAUUUCUCUCAGAGCGUAGGUGGUGUUUCUGGGAUGUUUGAGAAUAUUCGGUCGAAUACUCAGGGAAUGGUGAACAUGUACCUUGAUACCGAGAAGAACUUGAAGGGCUCUCUACUUCCCACCCUCGAGCGUCUUCACAAGGAAAUCAAGAACAAGUCCAAGGAGCUGCAAGCUGGAGCUUCCAAGGGUGCCAAGGCUGUUGAGAAGGCCCGCGGUGUUACUCAGAAGCACAUUGAGCUCCUGGCCCAGCAAACUGCCUCGUUCGACGCAGCUGCAGGAAACAAGAUCGAACAAUCACACGACCCCUACAUCUUGCGCCGGGGUGUCAACCACCGCCUGAACAAGCAGGUCAUCGAGGAGAACAACAACCGCCAGGAUAUUCUUGCUGUGCAGAACAACUUUCAGCAAUUUGAGAGCCAUGUGCUGCAGACCGUGCAGGGUGCCCUGGACCAGUUCUUCCAGUUCAUGGGCGGCCAGGCAGACCGCCAGCGUGCCAUGUACGCGGACAUCUUGGGAUCUGCCCAGAAGAUUCCUCCCGACUUUGAAUGGGUUAACUUUAUCACGAGAAACGACAAUGUUCUCGUGAACCCAGACGACCCGCCCAGAUCUCUGGCCAACAUCAACUUCCCCAACCAGGAUCACCGUGCUACCACACCACUGAUUGAGGGAUCAUUGGAGCGUAAAUCCCGCGCUAUGCUCAAGGGUUACAGCUCCAGCUACUAUGUCGUCACCCCUGCCCGUUACCUGCACGAGUUCAAGGACGACGAUGACUUCCGCCGCGACCCUGCCCCAGAGCUCUCGCUUUACCUCCCCGACUGUGUCAUUGGCGCCCUUGACGGCGUCAAGCUCAGUGUUAAGGGCAAGGAUGUUUCGGGUAGCAAGGUCGGCAAUGCCUUCCACACCACCACCGAACUGAACUUCAAGGCGCACACCGCAAACGAUGCUGAGAAAUGGUGGAAUGUUAUCAAGGACGCAACCCGUGGUCCACCAUUGCAGAGAGUGCAGACAGGUGCUACCACAGGCAGUCAGCCCGCAAGCCCUGCAGUUGCCAGUCCCGCUGCCGCCAGUCCUGCCGCUGCUGCUUCCGCUGAGCCACCAGCAUAUAACGAGAAGGAAAAGGAAGCUGAAGCACAGGGUGAGCAACAGGCCGAGAAGACCGAGAAGGCCGAAAAGGCGGAAACUCCUUCGGAAACCGUGCAGAGCCCGACAUCUCCGGCCAUUAGCCGCACCGCCAGCACUGCUACGGGACACUUCCACACAUCUCCCGGCGGAUCUGCGACAGGCAAUGAGAAAGCAUAA